AUGGAGAAGGUCAGGCGUGCCAACAACUACGGUGUCAAGUCGCAGAUCCUCCUGGAGAUAGCUGGUCGCCAGGAGACGGGGCGGUGGUACAUCUCGGCCGUAGAGAGCUACGCCAACUACGUGCGCUGCAUGGCGGUGCACUGCUUCAAGGAGGUGGACCGCAAGAAGAAGGACGAGAUGAUCAACCUGGCGCAGAAGUGCCGCAACAUUUACAACCAUCGCCUGUCACUGAAGACCAACGCAACCGCUCAGGCCAACGCGGCGUGCUGCGGCGACCCGUUUGUGAUGCGGGAGCCGGAGGCGCCCAAGAUGCUGGCGCCGUACGAGUGGAACGAGUGGCUGAAAAUGUGCAAGGAUACGGGCAGCAUAGAGGCCGCACUGAAAAAGAUGGGGUUAAUUAAGAUCGAGAGCAAGGAGACGGUGGCCCUGCGCCUGGCGGAGGCUUCGCGGCCCAGUCAGAACGUGAACGUUUCGCUGAGCAACAGCGUGAGCAGCAACAACGUCAACACCGUGUCCCCCAACAUCAAUGUGGCUGGGCCGACCACCAACAUCGCGGGGCCGACCACCACCGUCUCCCCCAACAUGAACAAUGCCAACACCCCCUCCAUGGUCAACGCCCAGACGGGCGAGGGCAACGUCACGGCCGCCGGCGUCGGCAGCACCCCGGCGGCCGCGCCGGCGGCGGCGCCCAUGGCCAUGAUGCAGCAGCCGGUGAUGAUGGUGCCCACCGGCAACGGCGCCUUCAUGAUGAUGCCCGCCGGCUCGGGCGGGUCUGGCGGCAUGGCGGCCAGCCUCAGCUCCCCGGGAUCCAUGAGCAGCGGCGACUACGCCGCCCUGAUGGCGCAGCAGCAGAUGAUGGCGCAGCUGAUGCAGCAGCAGCAGCAGAUGCUGGCGGCGCAGCAGCAGCAGAUGAUGGCGGCGGCCGCCGCGCAGCAGCAGCAGAGCCAGAUGGCGGCCAGCGCGGGCUCCGGACCCAGCCCCUACUACAUGCAGCCUGGCAUGCAGCCUGGCAUGCAGCCUGGCAUGAUGCAGCAGGGCAUGCAGCCUGGCAUGAUGCAGCAGGGCAUGCAGCCUGGCAUGAUGCAGCCCGGAAUGAUGCAGCCCGGCAUGAUGCAGCCUGGCAUGAUGCAGAUGCCCAUCAGCACCAUGCCCAUGAUGGCUCAGGGCAGCAUGCCGAUGGGCGUGCCCGCGCCGUCCACGCCGUCCCCCUCGGCCCCAGGCUACCCCGCUGAGGGCAUGCCGGCGCCCAAGGUGGUCUAG